AUGUCCCUAGCACCGAGCUCCCCACGAUUGCCAAGUCCGCCGCCGCCGGCCGAGAUCCAGAUUGGACCCAAAUCGCCCUCUGGCGGCCCGGCGGCCAGUCCCCAGACAACGCACUCGGAGCAGACGCUGCUUGACGCGAGCUCCAGGCGGCGCAUACACCCGGGAACCAAAGCUACCGACAUGGCAGCCGGUCCUCCCUUGAUACCCCUUCACGAGGUUCAAACUAACCUCAACCAGCUGGAUUCAGCGUUCCAACUCCAGGAACACCUUGCCGCCCUCCACUGCUACCAUACCGCCUCCAACACCCAGCCGCUCACCCGACAAACCGCCCUCCAGCUCGCGAAACCUCCUACCGGUAUCGAUCGUACCAUCUGGCUCUACGAGCUCUGCCGCUUCCUCAUCUCGCAGUGCAACUCCCUCAUCGUCGGCUUCCUCUUCGACACCCCUCCAUGCAGCGCAAGCACGUGUCCCGAGAUGCGCGCCUCUGAAUGGCAGUUCCUAUGCGCUGUCCAUGAGCAGCCCAAGAGCUGCUGUGCAAUCGACUACUGCUGCCACACUCUCGACUGGGCCGCCAACGUCGUCACUGACCAAAAGAUAUUCCCCAGCCGAUUCGUCGUCCUCAGCGAUAACCAUAGCAAGAACGUUGGGGUCAAGAAUCUGGUCAACGUGUUUCGCCGUCUUCAUCGCAUAUUUGCUCAUGCGUGGUUCCAGCACCGCGGGGUCUUCUGGUCUGUUGAGGGCCAGACUGGUCUGUACGUCUUUUUCAAGACCGUCUGCGACCUGUACGACUUAUUGCCUGCGGAGAACUACAAGCUGCCCCCAGAGGCCGAAGGCUUGGAAGCCCCAACAGUAGAGCAAGAGAUUGAGAAGCCUACGCCAACCAUCCUGAAGCCCCAGGUACAGCAACACGGCUCAAGUGGUGAAGAAGAUAACCUCCAUCCUACUCGAACCAACACACGACGACAUAUUAGGAGCAGUCCGUCGACCGGUAGUGCUGUUACGACGGUCCUAGAAGCAGAGGAAGAGGAGGCAGGUGGUGUGUCACGGAGGCUAAAAGAGAUGCACAUUUCGGCCCCCUCGACUGUCGAGGAGGAGCCUGAGGUCGCGGAAGUCCCCGUCAUUGUUGAACAAUCCGUCAUGGCACAAUCCUCGGCUCAGGACCAAGACCCACUCACCCCAGAAACUGAAGAGGAUGAGGACGAGGAGGACGAGGAGGACGAAGAGGAAAGCGAGGAAGAUGAGGACGCAGACCAAACCAUCAUGGAAGCGGACCCUGACCCUGACCCUGAGCCAACAGAGAACAAGGAUGCACGAGCCGAUAAGCCCGCACCGCCGCAGGAGGAGGACGCCUCGGAGGAUGCCACAGAUGACGGCAAGCCCAAGGACGACCCUGCAACUGAGAAAAAGCCCGAAGCAUCUUCCAAGACCCCAGCAUCGACAGAGGUCGAGGAACCUGCCAAAGAGGCAGCCUCCGGGCAACCAGCUACCGAAGUCGACGCAAAGAAACCCGAGGAAGACACGACUGCCGCUCCAUCGAAAACCGAGCCCGCAGAGGACGAUAAAUAA